AUCUUCUGCACUUGGUGGAUUUUCUCCCUUUCCCCUCGGGACAGCGAGCGAAGAAGCAGCAAGUAACUCUGCUGUAUUAGAGAUCUCAACUGGUGAAUUCUUGACAACUGUACUGGAAAAACAGGGUGUUACUGGCCCCUGUAAAUACAUUUGGACAUGUUUCACAUUGUAAUAUUUGAGUCCACCAAUGAAGUGGAAGUAGUGCCUGCAAUCUGGGUAAAAGAUAACACCUGUAUGUGGCCACCAUACAAACAUGAUGAAAUAGUGAAAGCAGUAAGAUCACAGGAACCAACUGGACCUCACUGGAUUCCAUACAAAGUGCGGAAAAUAUUAAGCAAAGCUACAUACGAGGAAGCAAGAGUCAAAUUGCCAGAGGCUGAGCGAUUCACAGAUUUGACUGAUUCAGAAGACUCUCCAAAACGCAAACGGAGAAGACUGAAGAAGAACCCAAUCCGUGAGGAUGAUGACAGUGACAGUGAGAGGCUGGGACCAUUCACACUACCAAGCCCUCCAGACCUUGCCCCAGUGGACAUGCUGAUACACUCGCUCCCCCUUUCACAAUCUUUAAAUGCAGGAAGCUCAGGCACUCAAAGGACUGACAUCAGUCAAUUGUGCCCUGAAAGAAGGUGCAACAGAACACCAGCCCAGGGAUCAAGAGUGCAGGAGGAUGUUGAAUCACUCACUGGAAGAAACACACCAUCUCUGGCCAGUAAUGACCAUUCCAGCAACUUGAUUGAUUCAAGAACCAAAACCACACCAACCCGUCCCCGAAAUACAGACUUCAGCGAAUCUGUGAUACGAACCAUCCUGACCAAUCAAGAAGUGAUUAAGGAACAGAUGGGAAUAUUGGUAAAACUGGUGUAUGACUUAAAAGGGACUGCAGAGGAGAGCUCAUCUCUGCCCCUAGAAACAUUUCCUAUGGCAAGCCUACAUGAUCUGCAGGUUUUGGAGGGGCAGUUGCAAGAUCAGGAGUUUAAGAAAAAUCUGACAACUACCUUGACACAAAGAGGGGGUACAGCUGUCAAGGAUACUGUUUGGAGGAUGAUGGGAUUCCUCUUGACCAAUCAAGUUGCCAGACAGCUGAACUGGAAAGGAGUUAAUGGCAAAGGAGCGUUUAAGACCCUUACUCUUAAAGGAGUAAUCAAUGAGGCAGUGAGAAGAAACCGCCUGACUGCAACAUCCACUGACCAAGAAGUUGAGCAGUGGGUUAAAAGAUGGCUUCAUCUUGCUGGAGAUAGAGAUGGAGGACGGCGUGCCAGACAGCGUGCAACAAAUAACCUGGUCUAAUGUUACUUGUUUUGUUAAUUCAGUGUGCUGACACACAGACACACACACACACACACACACACACACACACACACGCACACACAAACUUAUGUAUUCUAGUUUCAGCCAAUGUGCUCACAUAAGCUACUGUAUAGGACUUUUGAAUUAUUUGCCUCAGAGUGACAACAUGUCUUUCAUCAGUUGUCAUUGGUUCCUGUAUUAUUCAUCCUCAUGCAGUGUUGAGUCAAAACGCAGAGUAUUUUGAAACUAUUA